CCCGUCAAUUAGCCGUUGUGCUAAUUAACAUGCGUCGCCCCCGAUUGUUCCUCGUUGCUGCUCGGGCGAUCGCACAGGUAGUCGUCGUCGUCGUCGUUCAGGCUGACGAGCGCUGGUCGUCACAAGCGCGGCCGCAACGAGCUAUCACGUCGUGUCGUCAUCCAGCCAACAAGCAAAGUGGCUCGCGAACGACAUCAUGCCGCCGCCGUGCCGCACCGAUCGAGGUAAACAGGUGUCCUUGUGCUAUAUUGCAAUUAUUGACGUGUUGCGCUUCGCAGUUGCCGCAAUAGUCUGGACCCCGGCGAGAGGGUGGACGAUCAGGAUAAACUCGACGGGCCUACGUGAUUCUAGGUCACCGGCGAAAAGUAUCGCCAAGACGUGCGCUUCGAUUUUACCACGUGGCCGUUCAAGGACUCCCCUUAACACCUUGUAUGGUGGCAUCAGGUCGAAAAAGUUCUUGCCGGGACUGUAUCCGUCCCGAGGGACAUCAGGCUUGGAUGAGGCUUUGCCAGUCAGGCAGAACGAAAAGGGAAAGAAGGGAUAGAUCGCGACGCACGAGUGUGACGGUACGACAGGGAAAUCAUGAAAUAAAUUAAUCAUACGUUAUUUUGCGUAACACUAUGUUGACCUAUUUUUUCUCUGUAACUCAAAUAUCUACGUACGGAAUAAUAAAUGCUACUUUUACAAUGGCUAUCAGAUCAAGAGGACAUCUUCUCUACGAUAUUUUUGUCGGAGCGAUAGUUAUGUUGUCCGGGAUUGUCAGACAAAUUUCUUUUAUUCAUUGACAUAUAAUAAUACAUUUAAUUGUAAAAGAGAUAUAUCCGCGUAGAGUAGAGUAUACGUUUCCUCUUUGAAUGAAAUUUGACACACAUCCAGAGGGUAACCUUAAACCUUAGAGUAAUCUUAGGGUAAAAUUAUAAACAACACGUAUCUUAUGCUGGGUGAAAUGUGUAAGUGUUGAGCGGUUUUCAUUAAAAUUGUUAAUGUUCUCAUAAAAACUAUAGACGUAGCAUAGACACACACGAAAAAUCUAUUUUACCGACGUUGAGAAUGAGUACGGCUAAAUAGUUCCACGUUUGAAUGAAAAUGGCCACAGAUGGCGCAUCGAACAGCAGUCUGCAUUGAGCGCUUUAUAUAAUGUAUAUCGAAAUGCGUUCUAUAUAUAUUGUAUUUCUUUACCUGUCAAGAUUUUGAAACUUUAUUGCGAGAAUAAAUAUUAUUGAACAAAAAUUAAUACACGACACUACGUGUGUGAUCGGCACGAUAAAAUUAAACAAGAUCAACCUGCUCGCUGUUCAAUUAUUAAUACCCUUCAUGAUGUAGCGUGGAAAUGUACGUGUAUUCCAACGAUUCCAACAUACCCAGACAGCACAAUGUCCAAAACUGGGACAUAAGACGUCUUUAAGACGUCUUUAAGACGACUUAAAGAUGUCUUAUUUUCAGACAUCUUAAAGACGACUUAAAGAUGUCUUAAAGACGUCUUAUGUCCCAGUUUUGGACAUAUGUGCUGUCUGGGAUAGUAUUUAUCAUAGAAUCUAUCUAUCUAUCUAUCUGUUUGUGCAUUCUACUUCUGUCAUUCUACGUCUUCACGAAAUUAUUCAUACGAUCUUGCGCCAUAUGCUUCGCUCAGACUUUUCUUUAGACACCGUUUGCCAUUAUUUUAGCUUUCGUCGCAACUAUAAUUACCACGCAAGACCACAAACGAUAUAGCUCGCAGUACCGAAGAUACUGCGUUCCAAAAUAUAUCGAAAAUAUGUAUCUUAUACUCACUAGACUGCCGUUUUAUGAUUUUCAAUCUUGCGCAAAUAUAUGCAAAUGUACAGUAAUGUAUAAGAGUGAAGAUCGUACAACCCCCUGACCCCAGACAGCACAAACCUCCAAAGGUACGUCUUCAGGACGACCCCCGGAAGUAUCUACCUAGACAUCUUAAAGAUGUCUGAAGGACAUCUUAUGUCCCGGUUUCGGACAUUGUAGUGCUGUCUGGGUAAGAUCACAUUGUUAACGCAAUGAUAAUGGUAUCGCUCCCGAUUCUGAAAAUUUAAUCACUCAACAAUGUCUUGCGUACCCUAGCUGUGUGUAGCUGGAAAAAAUAUUCCAUUAAAGGAUUACGAAUGUGCUCGAUACGAAUGGUGUUUAAAUACUGACCCACCUCGUCGACCUUGACUGAAAAGUACAUAGAAGGUCUCGCAAAGGGUGGCGCAGCGGUUAUGGUUCCCGUUAUUGGCCGAGUAAAUGGAAUUCAGGUAACUUAUAGUGGGCACGAUUUACGACGACGGGAUAGAUGUGAGCAAACAGAGCGGUUGGCCGCGCAGUGGCUUCGUUCUUUCCACGGAGUCACACGGUUAAGCGCUUGGGUGUGGUGGAUACCGAUGGCAUGGAAGAAAACCUGACGACCCAAGAAGGAAAAAAAAAACACAUUGUGCGCUCGUUCUGACUGCGCUAAGAUGCCAGCUGAAGCUAACGGAAUAUUUCGAUGAGGCGUGCUUGUUCGCAGUCGAACCGUUCUUCAUCGGAAAAUUUCUCCCUUCGGAAGCGGAAAACGUAAAACGCGCGUAUAUACAUUUUAGUGCUGCAAAAUUGUGUACGCGAUAUUCACGCGAUGGCAACUUUAAUCGUUUGCAUCUUGAAAAUGAUGAUGACUUACGGCGGCAAGUACGGAUUUGUAUCAAUCAGCUUUUCGUGCUCUUCGCCUGUCAUUCUUGCGCGGGCCUGUUUUAUAGAAAUAUAAUUUUAAUAACAUCGAUCAUUUUCUUAUCUCUCUCUCAGGGUGUAACAUCAGACUUUGGAUUUGGACUCGGAAUGGCUCAAGACACUUUCCAGAUAGAUAUUUGAACGCGAUUUUGCGAUGAUAAUAACACGUUGUGUGCUAUUUGGGUUAUUAGUACGCGCAAAGUUUAGCUUGGACCCAUGUUCGGUUUCAUUCAUGACGAACGCCUCAUUCCUCGAAGAUGGAUAAAGGGAUACGUCUUUGCUGUUUUUAUCCCAAUAUUUCGGAAUUAAUAGACAAAACGUAUGGUAAAAUAAUGUCCCCUUCUCUUCUGCCGUCGCAGAUGUAUUUGCUGGAUAGCGUUUGGCGUCGGCGUCGGCGUCGGCGUCGGCGUCGGCGACCUAGACGUCAUGAUCUACAAGGCGCAUGCGGAGGAACUUUUCGGCCGACACGGGGGUGCUUUUGCAUAGAAGACCGCACUCCGAGUUUACCAAACGCUGCUUGGCCAUCGCAUGAAGCGCAUAUUUUCCGAUCAGCACCUCGCGGCGCUUCCAUUGAGCUGCCGAAGUACGACUCUCUCUUCUCGACUCAACCAAGAUUAAUCGGCGGAGCUUUGUUUGUUUGCAAAAUUUCACAAAUUCGCAACCGUGCGAUUUCACUGGACGGUAAGUCGUAAUAUCUGAUAAUUUAGUCAAAAUCCAAAUCCGCUCGGCUCGUCCAAUCUUCAACGACGUCGGAUCCAUGAAUGUCUAGUGUAGCGAGUCUAACAACUUUGCAAGGUACAUCCAGUGCGAAUAAACGCAUGAAGCUGUAGUUAAGCUCAGCGGAUUCAACAAAUUUUCAGAACAAGAAGCGCCGAAGCCUCCGGAACUAUGUUCAGUCUCCGGAAGAGAGGUGGCUUGAGUAUCAGUCAGAUACCUACGUCGAUUGGCGAUUUGUCGCGACUUCCGAGGUCACCUUAUCGGGAAGUGAUCACCGUACGUCCGAAUAACUCAGAGAUGGAAAUGACGGAGCAACUGGAACCUUUGGACAGCUCCACGUCCCUCUGCUUCCUCUUGGACUUUUUCCACAUGUACUACAUACCGCUUAUCAUCUUACUGGGCUUCGUGGGCAAUCUCUUGUCAUGCGUGGUUUUCCUGAAGACGCAGCUGAGAACACGCAGCUCCAGCUAUUACUUGGCUGCGUUGUCCAUCGCCGAUUCCGGCUUCCUGGUGACGCUGUUUCUGGUAUGGCUCAACAGCACGGUCGGCUGGCAGGUGUUCAACAAGGAAGGCUGGUGCGAGACGCUGGUCUACGUCAGCGCGGUUUGCAGCUCGCUCAGCAUUUGGCUCAUUGUCGCCUUCACCGUGGAGAGGUACAUCGCCUUUCGGUAUCCAUUACAUCGGCCGUACAUAUGCACCGUCGAGCGGGCCAAGUCGAUCACCCUGGUGCUGGUGCUGGUCGCCAUGCUCCUCCACAUGUACGCCUUCUUCUUUGCUGGGGUGGUGAAGAGCGAGGACGGCGACGAAUAUUGCGACCUGAAGAUCGAGCACCUGGAAGCCAUGCGGAUCAUCAGCAUCGUCGAUAGCAUUAUCAGCCUGAUCGCGCCGAUCGUGGGCAUCAUCGUGAUGAAUACUAUGAUCGUGAAGAAUCUGCUGUUAUUCCGCAGACUGCUCGCGCGGAACCGCGCAGGCCCUACCAACACCGAGAGCGAACAUAAUGACGUCAAUGACCACGCUUAUGUCAAUGACAUCCCGACCGUUCACGCUCGCAUUAAUAGACGCCGCGACAUAGAUCCAGUUUCAUUCCCCGAUGAGGACAGAAACGAAAGAGCUUUCGAGCCGACAGAAAUCGAACGUCCGCGGACGUAUGUGUCAACUCCUGUUCGGCCGAUUCGUUUGUCGCUCCCGCCGUCGUCGAUCCCUUCGUCCACUAGGCGAUACGGCUGCGUAUGGCCCGGACCGGAGUACCUUGUCGAGGAGAAAGAGGAUGAGAAUGUUUUCGAAUCGAUUGAAAUCGCGAGUCCGUUGAGGACUCCGUCAUCUCCUUCUCUUCCGAUUCGUUCGUCGCUCCAGCCGUCGAUUCCUUCAUCGGCGAAACGAUACGACUGCGUAUGGCUCGGAUCAUGGUACGCUCUUCAAGAGGAGAGCGACAGAUAUUUCGAAUCGAUGGAUAUCGGGAAUUCGAAGUACGUGUCAGCUCCCACACCGCCGCCAAGUCAUUCGCCGUCCCCGAAGAUGAGCCACAUAUACUCCAACCAAUGGGACAACGUUUGGAUGAGGCCGACGCGCAUGGUUGACAAGGAGGAGGACGAAAAUGUUCUCGAAUUUAUAGAAUUCCCGUCGAUGCCAGAACGUCAGCCGGAAUGCCGAGCGGAACGACAACGUCCCAUUCCUGAGUUGCCACCUUCGCUGCCCCAACGCACGAGUCACCAUCGAAGUUCAAAUAUCACGGAGUCGCAUCAUUUCUCAGGCCACCAAAGCACCACCAAGGUGCUCUUAUUGAUCAGCACUGUGUUUAUAGUACUGAAUUUACCCAGUUACAUCAUCCGUCUAUGCGUGUUCUUUCUCACCUUGGCGGAGAAGGAGACGCCGGCCCUGCUGUGGUGCCUGCAACAGCUAUUCAUGCUGCCUUAUUACACCAACUUUAGCAUCAACUUCCUUUUAUAUGCAAUGUACGGCGUCGCCUUUCGUAGUUGUCUGCGAACGAUAUUGCGCAAGGCUACCAAGUGUAUGAGAAAGCACCAUAGUAAUCGAAACCGGUUUUUGUAA